AAAUAAUAAUAAUAAUCCAGGAGAGCUGAUGUGCGUGUGAGUGAACAGAAAGGCGGAGGGUUUAAAUCUCACAACACCAACUAUGCCUCCCCAACUUCGUUAAGAAACUAGCUACCUUGAAGAAAGUCUGGAUUCAGCCGGGACCUGCUCUGGUCACUAGACUCAUACCCGGCAAAAAGGAAAAAAGAGUCUCCAGACGCUGAAAAGGGAUAUUUAUGGAAUACCAUCCUAAAGAGACAAGGAUUUUUUUCCCUCGCAUUACCGCACAUCGCCUUUUUUGGAGGGAAAAAAAGUUUGAUAGGUAAUGCAAAAUGGCGACCUACAGUGACGUCAUGCCUGCCUCGGUCGCGUACUGGGGCCUCAGUAAGGGCGGAAGCGGGCUAAAGCUGCCUCCAGGUACCUCAGUACGGGCGGCCCCGGCUACCUACGCAAAAGGGAAAGUAUCAACGUCGGGCGGAUGUGUCCCAGCGGAUAAUUUAGUGAGGGCGGAAGCUCUUCUUUUAAGGGCGGAAAGGCUCCAACUCAAGGAUAAUAGCUUCAGCGCCUGUUGCGAUUCAGUCACUUCCGGGGCGGAUCGGAAGUUGCUUUGUUUUGCUUCAAGAUGGCUGCGGGGAUGUAUUUGGAACAUUAUCUGGACAGUAUCGAAAACCUCCCAUUUGAACUGCAGAGAAACUUUCAGCUCAUGAGGGACCUGGACCAAAGAACAGAGGGAAGAUUGUCGGAAGACUAGGAUGUUUCUGCUCCACUGGAUUGAUAACAUUACUAUCAAAAAAUUCAUUGUGGCUGUAGACCGCAAGUCAUGUUGGUAGAGAAGUCCUUAAACAGAAGGAAAGAGAGAAAGAAAAAAAAAGAAGAAGGAAAAGCAGCAAUUAACAUCAGGAUCUCUACACUGUAUUCUUCAACCUUACAGAAGCAGUAGAUACCAUCUGUGGCCUCUUUUGGAUGUUGAGCAAGUUUGGCUGCAUUGAGGCAUUCACUUGGAGCCUGAGGCUACUCUACAGUGGUCAGAUUGGUCUCUUCAAAGUCAAAGAUGUCGUCCGUUGGAGCCAUCCCCCGUACCUGCUGAAGGAUAUAGGGGUCUUAUCUUCCACCCUUAAGUAGCCAUGCUCAAAGAUGUGACAAGCUGGUGUUAGAAUACCCAGAGCUGUGAUUUCAGCUACCCUGGACCUGAAGGCUGAAAUUGACAAGUUGGCCACUGAGUAUAUGAGUAGCGCCCGCAGCCUGAGCUCCGAGGAAAAAUUGGCCCUUCUCAAACAGAUCCAGGAAGCCUAUGGCAAGUGCAAGGAAUUUGGUGACGACAAGGUGCAGCUUGCCAUGCAGACCUAUGAGAUGGUGGACAAACACAUUCGGCGACUGGACACAGACCUGGCCCGUUUUGAGGCUGAUUUGAAGGAGAAGCAGAUUGAGUCAAGUGACUAUGACAGCUCUUCUAGCAAAGGCAAAAAGAAAGGCCGGACUCAAAAGGAGAAGAAAGCUGCCCGUGCUCGUUCCAAAGGGAAAAACUCAGAUGAGGAGGCUCCCAAGGCUGCCCAAAAGAAGUUAAAACUUGUGCGCACAAGUCCUGAGUAUGGGAUGCCCUCAGUGACCUUUGGCAGUGUCCACCCCUCUGAUGUGUUGGAUAUGCCUGUGGAUCCCAACGAACCCACCUAUUGCCUUUGUCACCAGGUCUCCUAUGGAGAGAUGAUUGGCUGUGACAACCCUGAUUGUUCCAUCGAGUGGUUCCACUUUGCCUGUGUGGGGCUGACGACCAAGCCUCGGGGGAAAUGGUUCUGCCCACGCUGCUCCCAGGAACGGAAGAAGAAAUAGAUAAGGGCCUUGGAUUCCCACACAGUUUCUUCCACGUCCCCGGCCCCGGGCUAGUGGGGAGAGGAAAGCCUGUGUUGGGGCCCGGGGGCUCAGGGAGAGCGGAUGGCGCAGUGUUGUCACCCCUUCUCCUUCCCUCUCCCCACUCCUGGUGCUGAGGCUGCAUCCAAACCCUGGUAGGGAGGGGUGCUGCAGCCGCUAACUGUUUGUGCUCUCAUUCAGCCUGCCCCCCUCAGAGGGAAGUGGUUAUGCCCACUGUCCUUUCGCCUCCAUGCCGAGGUUGGUGCUGUAUUUCCGAGGGAUGGUCCUCUUACUCCCCUUGCUUUGUAUUUAAGGACUUGGGGCAGUAGCAUGGGGGCACUCCCCAGCCCUCCUAAUUCCCUCCCCCUGUGGGGGGCUGUGGUGUGAUAAGCUUUCUUUGUUCUCCUCCUGCUUUUUCCAUGGUAGGGGCGCCCCCAGAGCAUCUGGGCAGUGGCCUUAGUUGAAGGGGCACCCCUUCCUCUGUGCCAACAGGAUUCAUCCUGGCCUUGUGAAUGGGAGAGGGGGCAAGGUGGAAUGCAGAUCGCUCACAUGUAAAGGAAUUUGAGUAGGUGAAUAAAAGCUCUGCGUGUUGGUCUGCUGUGUUUACUGUAGACACUAUUUUAGUACAUGUGCUAAUUAAACUUUUUUUUGCAUCCUCCGGAUUGGACUAGAGGGGGGAGGAUGACAAUGCCAGAAGUAGAACGAGACAUAGAACCAGAAGUGGUACCCCUGCUCCAGAGUCCACAACUUCUCACCUUGGGGAGGACAAAGCUGGCUGGGGGGUGUGCCUCCAGGGCUUUCCAAAACUUUUUACAAUUAUGCAUCUUUUCUCCGUAAACCAUCUUUCACUUGAUUUCCAAUAAACGUGUAUUUGUGUUUUGUGCAUGUAC